UCAGCAGGAAAGAAAAACAGACUGGAAACCUUUAAGCAUGUGAGUCAGUGAGUCUGUGCUCACUCUCAUACUUCCUCAAAGCUUCUUCAUGUAAACAGGAAACAAAGCAACAUCACUGAGAGCAGCAUCAGUACAGAACAACACUGUAUCUACCAGGCACUGUUUCUCAGGUUGGUGGAAACCUGCAGUCAGCUGAGACUGAAGAAGAAGAAGGAUGAUGAUGAUGAUGAUGAUGAACUGUUUCUCCCACUGAACAUGUCAUCUACCAGGGUUAGUACUGCACAGCAGUCUCAGUCUGUGUUCCUGUGUGUAUUUAUACUUUUUCCUUCAUUUUGUUGCAUUUUGUGGAUUUUGUUACUUUGAAUCUGAAACUUUGUUUUGCUUCAGUUUUGGAUUAAAUUUGGACUUUAAUCAGCCAAAUAAACAGCUCACCUGUUCUCUAUUCUCACGUGGUUCUAUCAGGCAUCACGUGGACUUUCACUUGACCUGCGGUGGCUCUGAAGGCUGUACACUUUUGGGCCUUCUGUGCUGAGCUGCAGCUCUGUGAGUAAGACAGGCACGAACAUCAGGCAGCGUUUAGUUUGCCACAGUUAAUAAAAACCUGGUGCAGCCAUCGUCUCUCAGGAUCAGGAGUAUUGGGCUGCUUCACUCACUCUGUGAUUCGAUGACAUGAAGAGCUUCAUUACCUCCAACUCCUCCUUCAGUGCAGAGAGAAGCAUCUCUGAAUGUUUUGAUCCAUGUUUUACACAGUUCAUUCAUAUUUCUGUUUUUCUCAAACUAUUGACAGCAGUGCAGUGAAAGCACGCAGUUUGUUCUGCAUGUUGUAUUCAGGAAAGAUCACAGAGGGAGCAAAAUAGCAACGAAUACAACUCAUAACACUUGAAAUAACAUCUGGCCUGAUGGUGGCAGUAAUGGAAACAUGAGGAUCACAGCAUCAUCAUGAUGGACCCACUGAGAGAUGAUCUAAUAUGAAACAUCACAUCUAAUCUUCGACAGUUUAACAGUUUGUUUCUUUAAAGUGCAGCAGAAAUAAAUCUAUAAGUGACAAAGUGACUUUUCCUUUAAUCUGAGCUGUGAACGUGUUUGUGAAAAACAAAGUUCCUCUUGUUCCAGUGCUUUAAUAUUUGAUCUCAAUAACUUUACAAAUAUAAAAACUGAACUGCGUUCUGCAUGGAGGAGUUUGUGGUUUGUGUUUCUUUGCUACUUCCUUGAAGCUUCUUCCUGUACAAAAGCAGGAAGGAGGCUGGCCAGAGUGACAGCAGUGUGUGGACAGGAUGUCACUAUAGUACUGCACACCUGUUAGAGUACAGUUUAAACUCCUGCUCAGCGUCUCAGUCCUCUCAAGAUGUCCUCAGAUAUUUAUGCCAAACCAGAUCUAUCAAAGAAGGUGAGAUACAGCAGAAAGGAGGACGGAGCAGAGUGGGAGCAGAGGGAGGUGGAUAUCUACGAGAGUGCAGAUGCUGGAGGGGGACCACAGACUCAGAGUCCUCCUUCAGUCCAGAAGGGCUCUUUCAGAUGUGCUACACUGGCUCUAAGAGUGCUGUGCCUCCUGAUGUUAGCUGGGAUCAUCAUCCUGUCCAUAUGCUAUGCUUUGAACAAGAGUGAAAACAACAAACUUAAAAUCAAACACGAAGAAGUUCAGACUAAAUACAACAAACUGAACCACGUUUACAACGACACCAAAAAGAAUCACACUGAGCUCCAGGAUGAACUUCAAGACACAAAAACCAGCCUGACUCAGUUACAGAGCAGUUAUGAUAAACUGAGUAAAAACCACAGUCAGCUACAGGAAGAAGUGAAGAAGCUGAAGGAGAAGAUAGAAGAGAAGUGUCCUGAUCGAUGGACGAGAUUUGGAAGCAGCUGUUACUUUAAAUCCACUGAGAGUAAAACUUGGUCUGACAGCAGGAGAGACUGUCAGGAUAAAGGAGCUGAUCUGGUGAUCAUAAACAGCAAAGAGGAACAGGAAUUUGUCAAUGAAUUCGGAGGAUUCUUCUGGAUUGGUCUGAGAGCCAAACAGACAUCAGGAGGAUAUGAAUGGGAAUGGGUGGACGGAUCAGCGCUGACAGAAACGUUCUGGGGAACAGGAUAUGGGAAUCCCAGUUAUGGUUACUAUGGAGUCUGCUGUGAUGACUAUGGGAGAUGGAGACAGUCACUUCAAUACAAUAAUCAUAAGUAUGUGUACGGGACCUUCAUCUGUGAGAAAUGAGUUUGGUGCUUGGAUGUAAAUGUUUGAAUAAUCCAACCAAAGACACCUCACUAUGAAAUGUCCUGCAUGAGCCUCAGACUCAGCUCACAGUUGUUACUUGUUCCUUCUGCAUCAUAUAUUGAUUACAUAUAUUGUCCCUCUGUGCUCUGUGCUGUACAGUAAGGUUGGAAGUCAUCCACACCAAAACUUGAAGUACUUCAUUACUCUGUAGUUCCAGCAAAUUGUUCUAAUAAAAGUCAAAGUGCAGCUUGUCUUUACUUUGGUUUACUUGCACUGUUCCAAAAAAUAGUAAUGUCAAAGUAUCUUACUGUAUAUUUUACAGUUUUGGACUGUUUUUCUAGAAUAUCAUUAAAUUUACAUAAGUAGACUGUGAUUUUACAUG